AUGUAAAUUGUUGGCACUUUUAUUAUUGAAAUGAUAAUGGGAUCUACAUUAAGUAUGAUAUAAUCAUUUAAUGAAUAGAUUGGACAAUUCUUAAAACAUAUGCUCUUAAUGAAUUAGGUGAAAAAGAUAAAGAAACAAACUUAUAAAAAAUAGAGUCAUUUCUCUUAAUAGUUGAAUUAAAUUUAGGAAUGUUUGCAAGAGUAUAAAAAUUUAAAUGUAUUUUAUUAGUUGUACUUCAAUAACUAUUUUAAUCGGAAUGUUAAGAUUGUAGUACUACUCUUAUAAAUUUUAAUUUAUUCAUUUAGUUUAUUUCUUUUUGGAUUCAUUAAAGACAUGCCAUUAAUUUUGAAUAUCUUACCAAAUAUAUAUGUCUUUUUAUUAGGAUUAAUAUUGUUAGAUCCUAUGGACUCUAUGUUGAAUGAUAAUCCACUUAAUUUCGGUAUGAUGUAAUAAUCUACAUAGAGAUAAAUGUAUAUGUUAAUUUUUAGGAGGGAUUUCAUUUGGUUGGUUAAUCUUUGGAUUAAUACUUUAAUUGUUGAUAAAUCCAAAGAUUGAAGAUUUAUCAGAGAAUAUUCAUUAUAGAAGAGGUUGUUUAAUUUAUGCAAUGAUUAUUUUAAUUUUGGGAUUAGUAGGAACUUAUUUAUGGUUUCCAAGAUAUUCAACUGUUGAAGAGGAAUUUGAUUCUAAAGAAAAUUUGAGAGGUGCAAUGAAUUAAAAGAAUAUUAUCCAUAAUACAUUUUUAGUAUAAGAGAAGAGAAUGUAUAAGGAUGAACGUUUUUAUAUGAUAAUGUACUAAUUUAUAAUGUUAUUUACUCCUGCUAUUGGUAGUCUUAAUUACAUUAAUUAAUAAGGUGAAGAUAUAUUUAUAACUUAUUGUGUUAUGGGUAUUUCCACAACAAUAGGAUCAUUUUUACCAAUUUUAAUAAGUCAACCAUAUAAAAUUAAUAUAAUUGUAGCUUUAUGUUAAAUAGGUAUGAUGAUAGCAUUAAAUGGUUUGGGAAUAGUAUAUGGACAUCUAAUAUUAAAAUUAAUUUGUUUAUCAAUUUAAUUCAUGUUGUUUGGUUUCAUUUUGAGUUUUAAUGUGAUCAUUUUAUAAACAACAUAUGAUAAUGUAGUAGAUAAUAUUCCAAUAGCUUUUAUUGCAUUAACAUUAGCUGUAUUAUCUCAAUAUAUAGUGUUUUUAUUUUUGGAAGAUAAGAAAUUAAUUUAAUCAAUAGAAUUCUCAUUGAUUUUGUUGUCCUUCUUGAUAAAUAUUUUAAUGAAUUAUAAAUAAUGA